UUCUUUAUUUUUCUUAUGUCGGUAGCGCGCUUCGGCUCAUAUCGAUAGAAGACUAGUGGUUAGGUCAUUAUAAAUUAUUACAUUGUCCGUGGUCGUAAAUAUCGUGUUCAUUUGAGUUAUCUUAUUAUUCUUUGUUCCGAUCGAACCAAUCGUCAUUUCGUGUUUCAAACGCAAUUCGAGUUUAUUAUUUUCGUUUUAUUAUAAUGGAUUACAAUUAUUGCUGAUUGCAAUAUACCGUUAAUGUAAUAGAACAUCUAUCAAUACCUAUUUGUCAAUCAAAAACGUUUCUCAACGUCGUUAUUUCUCACGACAACAAGACGAUUUCAUUGGCCCUAUAACGUGUAUAGAAAGUAAGUCGAUCAUUUCUUUCAAUAACAAUGCCCAAGAAGAAGAAAACUAAGUAUGAAGAACCUGUACCCAAGAGACCUCACAGAAACAUGAAAGCAAAAAUAGUAUUUGAUCCAUCUGAUACUCAUAUACCAAAGAAGAGAAGUAAAUAUUCUUAUACAAACAAAAAACCCACAGAAGCAACUACUAUAAAAAAAACAACAAAUGAUGAAAAAAAACAACAAGAUACAACAAAGUCUAAAAGUCUCUCGGUAAAUCCAUUAACUGAAGUAACAGAGUUAUUGGAUAGUAUGUCAACUGAAAUCAAUACUAUAUCUCAAAUACAUUCACCAAAAAAGUCUCAAGGAAAACGUGUUACUCCUAAAGUAACUCUGGAUAAAUCAAAAAAUUGUUUUAUUUGUUCAACAAUUUUAGGAAAGACAGAAUUAAUUGAUUGUCCAAUUUGUUUUAUCAAAGCUCAUAAACACUGUUUAAUAGUCAGUGAGCCUAUGUGGAAAUUUAAACUAGAUUUGGGUCCUUGGUUCUGUAAGGAAUGCAGAAAACAAAAUUGUCACAAAUGUCUUAAAGAUGAAUCCCAGUCGGAAAUACUGCGUCGCUGCAUAACUUGUGAAGUUGGUUUACAUAAAAGUUGUUAUGAGUCAUAUGAAAUUAAACCAUUACAUAAAUUGGAAACUGAUAUGUAUGUAUGUAUUCCUUGCAUGAAUUUGGCUACUCAAAUAAACCCAGAAGAAGAAGACGUAGUAGAACCAGAACAAUUUGAUAUUAAUGAUGAUGUCAAGUCACGCACUUCAAGUAUUAUGUCUAUAUCAUCUGACAAAGAUGACACAGAUUCAGAAACUAAUAUAUCUGAUAGUUCAUCAGAAUAUAGUAAAAAUGAUGAAUCUCUAAUCCCAAAUAUAUCAAAAUGGACUAAACUCGAAGUGAUUAAAUAUUUAUUAGAGAAAUUACCCAAAGAAAUUGUUCAUCAAAUAAAUAAAUAUGAUUUAGAUGGCCAAGCUCUACUUUUACUUCAACGGACCGAUAUUGUAUCAAACAUGGGUAUGAAACUUGGGCAUGCCUUGGCAUUUUACAAACACGUACGAAUUUUACAAUCGCAAAGUACACACUAUCGCGUAUAUUGGGAAUAAUUAUUAUUACAUCUAACAUUACUUAUUAUCGGAUGAUAUAAAGUUGUAAUUUUUUUUUUCUACAAAAUAUACUUAUAGUUAGUUUGAAA